GAAACCAGAAUGAAAAAAUGGUCUCGAAGAAGAUGAUUAACAUAACAGAGCAUAUGGUUUAUGAGUAUCCAGAUUACCAGAGUUAUGACUAUGAAAAUAUCACAGAGAACAUAAGCCAUGACGACUUCACCUGUGACACUGAAAAAGACCCCCUGCUUUUGUACCAUACUGUGAUCCAGCCACUAGUCUACAGCAUGGUGUUUCUGCUAGGCCUCUUAGGAAAUGGCCUCCUGCUGAUGGUCCUGCUGCAGUGUCGUGCUCGCCUACGCAUGACUGACAUCUACCUGCUGCAUUUGGCCCUGGCUGAUCUCCUCCUGCUCUUUACCUUACCUUUUGCAGUGAUCCAGAUACUUAGAGGUUGGCUGUUUGGGAACUUCCUGUGCAAGCUUGUAGGCCUGUUGAACCGCCUAAAUCUGGUGUGUGGGAGUCUCCUCCUUGCAGGCAUUGGUUUUGAUCGCUACCUUGCCAUUGUUCAUGUUGUCUCCAGCCUCCAGACCCGUCGACCUCAAAUGGUUCACCUCAUCUGUGCUCUGCUCUGGCUAUUUUCUUUUGCUCUCUCGAUGCCCAACAUAGUAUUUCUUUCUGUGGAACCCAGAAGGAAUGACCAUACAUGGCUACAAUGUCACUUCAACAACCAUGGUAUCCAUGCUUACAACUGGUUACUCGUUAGUCGGAUGCUGACACACCUAUUGUGCUUCCUCUUGCCCUUAGUCAUCAUGGGCUACUGCUACACCGCUGUGGUGUUCACCCUGUACCACAGUCACCAGAGCCUGGAAAAGCAGGGGGCUAUUCGUCUGGCUAUGGUAGUAACCCUGGUUUUCUGCUUGUGCUGGUUACCCUAUAACAUAACCCUUUUUGUGGACACCCUUGUGAGGUUAGGGAUUCUGUCUCAGAAAUCCUGUCAGACUCGCAGUGCACUGGCUCUGAGUCUGAUGGUGACUGAGAGCAUUGGUUUUAUUCACUGCUGCCUUAAUCCAACCCUUUAUGCCUUUGUAGGGGUGCGUUUCCAGAAUGAGCUCCUGAGAUUGCUGAAAAAAUGUUUCUGUGUCUGUUGGCCCCUAAUAUGCACCAGAUGCUUCAGCAAGAUAUCUGUCUCAGACAUGGCUACCACCACCUCCACUAGCCAGUAUAUAUGAGCACAGACCAGCGAAGAAACUUGCUGAAAGUAUGCAAUCAUUCAAUCAUGAGGUUUUUUCCCCUAAAUAAAUAAAACACUUUUUUUGAACCCGUGAACCAUCUGUCUGCCUUACAUAUUUAGUUAUGCAGUGAUGCAAUGUUGAUAAGAAAAUUUACAGAGCAUGCAUGAGUGUGUAGGUUUAUCUGAAUGUGAUCCUACUUUAACAUUUCCCAUAGCUAGUGAGUGCUCUUCAAAGUAAUAUUUGAUGCAAGAUAAUAAAAGACAUACAUAAGAGAUUA